AUGUCCCCUCAAAGCGUUCCUCGAGCUGUACGCCUAGCAAGCUCAUCGCGCAAGUCGUUCAAGUGUGCGCUUCCCGCUCAGCUUGGCGCCUCUCGAAGAUGCAUCAGCUCCACUGCUCACGUCAGGGGUAACGAAUCGCAGGACCCGUCGCUAGUGGCAAGCGGUGGCGAAUUCAACAUGACCAGUCAGUUCUCUCGUGCGGCAGUGCACCUUUCCCCGCAUCGUUUCGACUGACGACGUUCUUCUUCUUCCGCAACACCUCUCCGCGAUGCAUCCCUCGCUAGAGUUCUCUCCUUUCAAUUGGGAAGAUCCGAUGAGGGUAGAGGACAAUCUGAGCGAGGAGGAAAUCUCCAUCAGGGACAAUGCGAGAGCGUUUUGCCAGGAGCAGCUUCUCCCUAAAGUGACAGAGAUGUACAGAAAUGAAGGUCAGUCUAGUGGCGCGCGGUCGUGUGCGGGCAUGAGAUGGGCAUGGUGAGCUGACCAUUUCUUGAUCUGGGCGUUUGUAUGCGCACGGUUGUAGUAUGGGACCCCACCAUCCUACCCGGAUUGGGAGAGAUGGGCUUGCUGGGUCCCACAAUCGACGGUCACGGUUGUGCAGGCGUCAACAACGUCUCUUACGGCCUCAUCACGCGCGAGCUAGAGAGGGUGGAUUCGGGCUACAGAUCCAUCAUGUCCGUCCAAUCUUCCCUCUGCAUGGGUGCCAUCAACCAGUUCGGCACCGAUUCUCAAAAGGAAAAAUUCUUGCCUCGAAUGGCAAAGGGCGAAUUGGUGGGAUGCUUUGGAUUGACGGAACCCAAUCAUGGCAGCGACCCCAGCGGCAUGGAAACGGUCGUGGAGGAUGAUGGCGAUGGUCAUUUUGUGCUCAAUGGCAGCAAGACUUGGAUCAGUAGCAGUCCUUACGCGUGAGUGCUGAGCAGCCCAACAGGCAGGCUUUCGAUUGCUUCUGCAGCCGCUCGCGAUGACUCUGACGUGCGUCCCAUGCUUGCCUCAAGUGACGUCGCCAUCAUCUGGGCACGCGCAAAAUGGGACAACAAGGUGCGCGGCUUUCUCGUAGAGAAGGGCACCAAAGGCUUCAGCUGUCCACCCAUCAAGAACAAAUUGAUGCUUCGAGCUUCCGUCACCGGCUCCAUCUUUCUGGACAAUGUGCGAGUAAAAGCUUCCGACUCUUUCUUAUCGCGCGCAAAGCCUGGUCUUGGCGCUCCCUUCGAGUGCCUCAACUCUGCUAGGUUCGGCAUCACGUGGGGAGCCAUCGGAGCGCUGGAAGCAUGCAUCGCAGAAUCGAGGCAGUACGCUCUGGACAGAAAGCAGUUCAACAAGCCCUUGGCAGGUUUCCAAUUGCAGCAAAAGAAGAUUGCGGAUGCGAGCACGGAAGCUAGUUUGGGUCUGCUGGCCAGCUUGCAACUGGGCAGGGCAAAGGAUGCUGGAACGUGGAGCCCGGAAAUGGUGAGCUUGGUCAAGCGCAACAAUUGCGGCAAAGCUGUGGAGCAUGCCAGGAAGCUGGCGGAAAUUUUUGGGUGAGGCGAUGCGGAUGCGGACUGUCUAGUGCCCCGGCUGCGGACAAUGGUCGACGUGCAUGCUGCUCAUCCGUUGGACCCUUUUCUCCUGUGCAGAGGUAACGCGGCUUCGGACGAGUACCACAUCGGUCGACACAUGGCCAAUUUGCACGUCGUCAACACGUACGAGGGCACAUAUGGUAAGUCUCGACUUUCACCGUCGUCGCUCCAAUCAGUGACCUCUCGCUCGCUCAGCACUCCGCUGACUCUUCUCCUUGCGAUGCGCCAGAUAUCCAUGGUCUCAUUCUUGGUAAGGGCUUGACCGGCGUUGCCGCCUUUGCAUAA